AUGGCUUACCGUGUGACUCUUAGCUGUUUUCUUCUGGCUAGUAUUGGAAUCUGCACAGCGACUUUUGGUCAUGAACACGUUCACAUCCGAGUUCAUAUACCGGAAGAACAUCAUUCUUCAAAGGAAGUAGUUGUACAUGAUGAGCAUGGCCAUGGAGGUGGAGGAGGACAUGGUGGUCCCGGAGGUAGUUUUGCAGAUCAUUUACAUGGAGGUUUUAUAGACCAUCUUAAAGGCAGUGAUCACGGAGGUAGCAGUCAUGGUGGUGGCCAUGGAGGCGGCGGAUAUGGAGGAGGCUAUGGAGGUGGUUUUGGCGGAGGUCAUGAUUUCGGAGGAGGUCAUGGAAGCUUCGGGGGUGGUGGAUUCGGCGGGGGCCACGACAUAGAGGAACAUGGUGGACAUGACUUGGGAGGAGGUCAUGGUGGUGGCCAUGAUAUAGGAGGUGGCCUCGAUUUAGGUGGUGGUUAUGAUCUUGGAGGUGGCUAUGGAGGUGGUCAUGGUGGUGGCCAUGGAGGUGGUCUUGGUGGAGGCCAUGGAGGUGGUCUUGGUGGUGGCCACGGAGGCGACCAUGGUUACGGCGGUGGACAUGGAGGUGGCUACAGUCUGGGAGGAGGACACGGAGGUGAUCUUGGAGGUGGUCAUGGAGGAGGAUAUGGCUUAGGGGGGACACAUGGAGGAAACCAUGGAGAUAGUUAUAGUUUAGGAGGCGGACACGGUGGUGGCUUUGGCGGUAGUCAUGGCAGUGGUUUUGGCGGAGGUCAUGGCAUUGUCUCUGGAGGCGGGCAUAGUGGAGGCAUUGGAGAUAGUUACAGCGAUGCCCCCAGUGGCGGUCAUGGGGGAGGACUGAUUGAAAGCCACGGAGGUGGAGUCGGAGGAGACAUUGGAUACAGCGGUGGUCAUGGCAGUGGAUUAGAUUUUGGUGGCGGUUUUGGUGGACACGCUGAAGGUCACGGUGAUCAUAGUGGCGGACACGGAUUUUUAGAUAGUUACAGUAGCCUAAACUCAGGGCACCAGAGUCAUGGCUCUGGGGGAUUCGGAGACUUAGGAGGAGGUGGUCAUGGUGGAGGUCACGAUAGUUAUUCCACUCUAAACUUGGGUUCCAUAAGUGGCAGCCAUGGCGGUGGUUAUGAUAGUGGCCACGGCGGUGACAGUUAUAGCGGAAAUAGUCAUGGUCAUGGAGGCGGUGGUUUGGGUGGUUAUGAUAGCUACAGUAUUGGCCUUGGAGGAUCUGGUGGUUACGGAGGAGGUCAUGGAGAUGGAGGUGGUCAUGGAGGCUUUGGAGACAGUUAUACAAACGCAUUAGGCGCCGGAUAUGGAGGUGGCCCCUACCAUAAAAAAUAA